AUGGGAGCCGGCGGCGCGGCCUCCCACUCGCUCGCCUGGGCCUCCCUGCCGCUGCUGGGGCCUCCCGCCGGCGCCCUCUGCGAGGACACGCUUUGCUGCCGAGGCCUGGCGGGCGGAGCUGCGGGUGGCGGGGCCUGCGAUUGGCGGGGCUGGGCCGGCCGAGUGGCCGGGGGAGCCCGGGAGUCAGAGCACCGCGGUGCAGGCGGAGGCGCGGGGCCGGCCGGAGCGCGCUACCGCGGGGCCCGCCGCUUGCCUGGCCGGCUCCGCUCCUCUCGGCCUGGCGGACGCUACGGAAACUUUACUGGGCUCCGAGACCCCGCGACCUCGCCACCUCGCGACUCCACUCUGCGCUGCUCGGGCUCCGGUGCCUUUGGGAUGGCGGAGCCCAGAGCCCAGGCCGGCGAGUAG